AUGACACAGGAAGUUAUAGAGAAGAGAUCUGCUGAGAAAGAGCUCGAAAACGCGGUUAAAAAGCCUAAAAUUGGUGGAAAGAAAUCUAUAACUGAUUUUUUCCAAAAGUCAUCAUCAACUGAAAAGACAAAGAUUGUAAGAGAAGAGAAAACUAAAGAGAAGACUGAAGAGAAGACUGAGGAGCCUGAGAAUUCCCCUGUUCCAGAAAUUACAUUUGAUGAUGAUAAAUUAUCGGAUUUCAAAAAAAAAUUCAUUACAAAAUUAACUGAAGAACAAAAACAUUUAUUAUCAUUAGAGAUCAAUACAAUUGAAGAUUCAUGGUUUGAAGUAUUAUCUGAUGAAUUUUUAAAACCAUAUUUUCUUUCAUUGAAAAAAUUCCUAAUAACACAGAAAACCGCCAAACAUACAAUCUUCCCACCUGAAAAUGAUAUUUAUUCAUGGUCAAGAUUGACACCAUUAAAUAAAGUGAAAGUUAUAAUAUUAGGUCAAGAUCCAUAUCAUAAUCAUAAUCAAGCUCAUGGAUUAGCAUUUUCAGUUAAAUCACCAACACCUCCUCCACCAUCUUUGAAAAACAUGUAUAAAGCAUUGAAAAUUGAUUAUCCAGAUUUCCAAAUACCCACAGGUACAAGUUCAGGAGAUUUAACUAAAUGGGCUGAUCGUGGGGUAUUAAUGUUAAAUGCUUGUCUUACAGUGAAAGCUCAUGAAGCAAAUUCACAUGCUAAAAAAGGUUGGGAACAAUUUACCGAAGUUGUAUUGAAAAAAGCCAUAUCAAAUGAUAGGAAAAUUGUUUUAUUAUUAUGGGGGACACCAGCUCAAAAAAGAAUAACAAAUAUUAAGAUCAAUAAAGACAAAAUCCAUGUAUUAACUUCUGUACAUCCAAGUCCUUUGAGUGCUAGAAGGGGUUAUUUCGAAGCUAAUCAUUAUAUAAAGGCCAAUGAAUGGUUGAUAGAGCAAGGAGAAGAUCCUAUUGAUUGGUCAUUAGUUGAUGGGAACAGUAUAGAAUACCAUAAAAAGUAA